AUGGUCAUCGCAGGUUGGAUAAGACAGGUCGACGAGGUCCGUUCGUGGCACUACGACAACGUCAAUAAUGGCGUGUACAAGUCCGGUGUUGCAACUUCGCAAGAAGCGUAUGAGCGUGCGUUGACGGAGCUUGCCGAGCAGUCGGACAGCCAAAAGUCUAUAUCAGACACUAUGUCACGCUUAUCUGCUUUGACGUACGCAAUCCUGCCUCCUGUCUCCCCUUCAGGUGACUAG